GGGGGAGGUGUGCUUGGUGCGAGGCUGAAGUGAUUGUUUUGAUUUCUUCGACCCUCAAAGAUUUUUGUAUGCCAUAUGCUCUUAGGUUUCUUUAAUUAAUUCAAGCUUCAGUGCAAUUUUCAUUUUCUUCAUUUAGUAUUAAAGAUUUUUGCCACUUUUGAAAUUAGACGAAUAGUUGUCCUUCCAGGUAAACACAAAAUGUCUAUAGCUGACGAAAUGUUUCCAAAAGAUUCUACUAGUUUUCCUGAGCCAGGUGACGAAAUGUUUGAUGAAUUAUCUUUGUCGGAUAGUUCAGAAUUUUUAGAUGUUGAAGAAGAGACUAGUUUGAGAAAAAGACUGUUUCCUGCUAUGAUUCUUCCUACUGCUGACUCUUUGAGCAGUGCUUUGGUACCCGAAGAUUCUGAUUUUGGUAGUCUUGAUAUGUCUUUGCCUGCAAGAGCAGCUGAACAAGCUGAAAAUAUUGUAAGGAAAGUUCUAGAGGAGGCUGAGAAUGCUGAACAGUUAGUUAGAAAACUUUGGGGUGGUGCAUGGAAGGUUUGUCACUUCAGUUCUUUGCCAAAAUGGUUACAAGACAAUGAUUUUCUUCAUAAAGGUCAUCGGCCACCCUUAAAGUCAUUUAGUGCAUGUUUUCGUUCUAUUUUUAGAAUUCACACUGAAACUGGGAAUAUUUGGACACAUCUACUUGGUUGCCUUUUAUUUGUUGGUAUGGCUGCUUACUUUCUUUCAAGACCAUCUGACAUUAUCCCCUGGGAAGAAAAAGUAGUGUUUGCCACUUUUUUUGCGAGUGCCAUUAUUUGUCUUGGAAUGUCUUCCAUGUUUCACACUGUCAGUUGUCAUUCCGAGCAUAUUGGCAAACUUUUUAGCAAGCUUGAUUAUUGUGGCAUUGCAGUGUUAAUUAUUGGAUCAUUUGUUCCUUGGUUGUACUAUGGUUUUUAUUGUGACUAUCAGCCAAAAGUAUUUUAUUUUGUGCUGGUUAGUGUUCUUGGUGCUGCAUCCAUCAUAGUGUCUUUGUGGGAUAAAUUCAGUGAGCCCCAGUUUCGUUGGCUGAGAGCAGGUGUUUUUGCUGGUUUUGGGUUGAGCGGUGUUAUUCCAGCUGUUCAUUAUUUAGUUGUGAAAGGAUUUUUACAAGCUGUUUAUCAUGCAUCAUUUGGCUGGCUUUGCCUUAUGGGUUCACUGUAUCUUCUUGGUGCUGCAUUUUAUGCCUUGAGGGUACCAGAGCGUUUCUUUCCUGGAAAAUGUGAUAUCUGGUUCCAUAGUCAUCAAAUAUUCCAUGUGCUAGUGAUCGCUGCUGCCUUUGUCCACUAUCAUGGCAUAUCAGAAAUGGCAAUCUACCGACUUUCGAUGGGAACGUGCAAUGCAGAAGAUCCACCCGUUGAUUUUGACUACUGAAUUGUUUACUAUUCUUUCUUUUUCUAAAGAACAUCACCAAAGUGGCUAAGAAUAUAUUUUGCCUUAUUUCUUUAUACAUUGCAAAAAUCUAUUUCUAUAACUUUUAUGCCAUUUGAUAAGAGCAAGAAAGAUUUUCAUCUAGAGUAUUUUUAUAGCCUACAUUAAGUACCAUGUAAGUUUGUGAUACAUAUACUCUUUGCCUAUCACCCUCGGAGAAUCUGUGAUAGCAUUUGAUCUUUGGUGAAACUUCAAAGACAUAUUAUUAAAAGUGGGUGAAAGGAUUUUUUAAGAAUUAGUAUCUGAUAUGAAAUUUGAAAAAUGCAUUUGUUGGGCAACAUAUCAUUUUUGUUUAUCAGUCAAUUAUGUUUAAGGUCAUGUUAAUUUUAUUUCAUUUUCGUUUUGUUACCCCUUUUUUCGUUAUACCUAAAAUUUGUAAAUUUGAUCUGAGAAUUUUAAAUAACUGAGAAAUUAUUGAAACUUAGUCAACAUAAUAAUUCAUAGAAUUUGUACAACCUGAUGUCCUAGAAUAUAUAGUGUUCAUAAAAGAACAGUAGGGUUUUAAAGCAAAGUGUUUUAAUUCAAUCAUAAAAUUAGAUUAAUGUUAAAUCUAUCAAAUUCAUAGAAUGAAAGGAGCACUUCUCCGAUUUCAUUAUUAUAGAUGUGUGCCUCUUUCCUGUGCACUGAAUACUGAACAGUUAAUUUAUCAAGAUUUUUACUAUUUAGUAGAUUUCAGUAUGCCCAAUUUGUGGCACUGAACACAUCCAAUUGGUGCUCAACCUUUUCUCAUACCAUGCCCUACAUUUCUGGAGUGAUCUUUGCCACUGAAGUGUUGAAAAAAGAAACUGAAAGAGGUGUGCAUAAAAUUUGAUUAUCUACUUAUUUAUUCAAAUUAGCUGAUCUUACCUAACUCAUACUGUUAACUUCAUACCAUUUUUUAAAACCUUAAAGUUUUUUUAUGGACACUGUACAUCUGAAAUUCUAUUUAAUUUUCCAUGAAAGUUUUCAAUUAUAAAUUGAAUCUAUAUUUGAUGAAAUGUUUCUAAAACUUUCGGAAUUUUCAUAUUUAAUACCCUCUUUUCCUCAACAGAACUUCAUCAUAAAUGAUUUUAAACAUUGCUUGAAAAUGUACGUCAAUGAUAUUUCCAUCUAAAAAUAUCAAUUUAUUAUGGACACUCAGCAACUUAUUAAUAACAUACUCAGAACAUUCCAAGUAUUGUAGACCUUUAGUUAGACAUGAUUUUUCCAAGGUAUCACAAUAUUUUACUUUUUAUCCUACAGUUGCUCUGCAACAAGUUAUGUUUUCCACUACAUUGACUUCUACAUAGCAAAAAGUUUUUUAUCUUAACAGCUACUUCACUCUGACUUAUAAGGUUCUACUUUUAUAUUAUGUUACACAAAUUUUUUCUUAAGUUUCAGAAACCAAAAGUUGCUGUAUUAUUAACGAAAAUUUUGAUGUAAGCAUAAAACUGAACUGAAACCUUUGAUAUCUUUCAGUAAAAGUUCAGACGCAUGAAAUAUUUCAACCCAGAAAUAUACAUAAAUAUAAGGAAAUUAGUUUACUCAGUCGCAAAUUGUAAUUAUUGAAAACACAUAAAAUAAUUAUAUCUGUUUGGAACUAAUUUAGAGGUGUUAUUUGUUAUGUUUGUUUUUAACUUAAAAGAAAAUUUCUUUAUUUCCCUAUAUGUGACAUUAAUUUCAGUGCAGCAAGUGCUUGCAUAAUAAAUUCUAUGUAAAACAUUGGUCAAUAUUGAUAUCAAAGCCAUUAAUUUAGGUUAUCUAUGCUGCAAAUAUUUAUUGAUACUUGUUUUGAUGUGCAUGAAUGUGGCUAAUUUUGUUACAUGUGAUCAAUCUGCAUUUUGAAAACUGGGCACAAGAGUGGCAUAGCAGCAUGAAAAAUAUUAAUCUACCGGUUUAUUAGUAUUCUAAGUUCAUGAACUAAAUGGAUAUAUUUAACUUAAAUGUAAAUUGACUAAAAAACCAUAUGCAUGGAAUACAUGCUUUAGGUUUAAAAUGAAGCAUUUAAUUGCAUUGUGUGUUUUAUUAACCUUGUGAAUAUCUUUCAUAUUCUAUGUUAUUAUUCACAUAUUUAGUUUGUAUAAGUUUCUAAUUAUUUUCCUUGAAAGAAUAUCAUACUGCAGAUUAAUGUGCUUUAAAAAAAUUCUUUUUUUUGAAUCUGAACAGUGCUUUCACUUGAAUAAUAAUUUAAAAAAUAUAUUUAUUUAAAAAUACCAAUCAACGUUUGAUAGCAUGAACUUAGUAGUAGUUUCUGUUUGAAUUUGUGAUUUAUAUAAAGGGCGUUGGAAGGAUGGAUUGCAACCAGAUAAUGACUUACUGUUCAUAGGAGUAAAGAGCUACUAGGUUAUGUCAUUAAAGGUUCGUCCCCCCCCAUAACCAAAUCAUUUUAAUAUUUAUAACAUUUAACAUUUGUUGGGUAUGGAACCUGGAAGCAUGCUUCAUCUGAAUACAUUAUUAGAUUACUUUUAAGACUAGCACAAUGUUCCUGAUAUUAUGCAUAAUUAAUGCAUAAUGAAGUAAGUUCAGUACCAAACAAUUUUAGAAACAUGGGGAAAAUAAUAAAUAUUUGUAUAUAUUCACGAUGAUUUAAAAAGAAUUUGAAAGUGCAAUUUGUAUGUAUAUCGUAUUUAAAGUGUUUAAAUUUUGUGCAAGUUUCAUUGUGAGAAAUCAUGCUAUGCCACAGACUUUUAGUGGUUCUUGGUGAAAAAUAAGUCAUGUGUAUAUAGUUCAUGUAAGGUUAGUUGAAUAUUUAAGUUGUCAGGACAUUUUUGUUAAUGAACCUAGCUUCGAGUUUUCUGUUGAAAUGAUUCAUUACAUAAUCAUAAAUCAGUAAAUCUGAGUAAAAAAUAAAAUUAAUUCCAUUUUUUAAUUCAUAGUACAAAAUAACAUAUGGCGGGCAGACAAGAUGUUGCACAUAAACUGUAGAUUUGCUACUUUUUACAAAAACCAAGCUUUUAUGAAUUCAGUUUAAUUAAACUACUUCAUAUGACAAUUUAAUUUUUUUUUUAAGGAAAUAUUAAUUUUUUGCUACCUUCAAUAUUUCUGCAUCUUCUCCCCUGCCAGAUUGACAUUUCUAAUUCUACUUCUACUUAUUUGAUAUUUACAGCUUGAUAAAAUUUUACUGCUAUUUAUAUUUUACUGUCUUUGUAUCUUGCUUUUUUGUAAUAUUUCCCAAUCGAUAUUUAAGGCUUUUCUUUUCCUGCUUUUGAUUAUGAAGUGAGAUGAGAGAUGGAUGAAUAUUCAUGUAAGCAUUAAUGAGAGAUUUUUCCUUGGCAUCUGUAAUUUACAGUUAAUAGUUAUUCUAUGUUAUCAGAAUAGUUGUAUCUAUUAAUUUUAUUUAAAUGGUUUAUUUUUAUGUACUUUAGAAAAAAUGUUCGAUUUCAUAAACAACCAACCGGUGCAUGUGUGUAUUUAUUAUUAAUUUGAAAUGUAUUUGAUAUUCUGUAAACUUUGAACUAUCAUGUUGUUGAACAUCAUAUGCUGCUUAUGAAAAGUUGUAUUUUUUUAUGUUAUUACAUUCAAAAAAUAUAAAACCUUAGAAAAUGC